AUGGUGAAACGGCUUACCGUGGUGCUGUCUCGCCACUCCAUCUUUCGCGGCCCCAACUUCUCAGUGCUCAAGGGAACCAUGACCAAGGACCCGAUCCAUAUCCUGAACGCGGUUCUCGAGGACGCCAGAGAGUACAAGAAAGAGGUCUGGGUGCUGCUGCAGGACAUGAAGCGGUGCUUUGAUUCGGUAUCGUGUCAGAGAGGUGGAAUGCUGGAACUCGGUCUGCGACAUCUCAAGAUCCCACAGGGGUUCAUCGACCUGUGCCUUUACGUCGCGAGAAACAAGACCAAUCGUAUCAUCACCGCAUACGGACUUACGGAAGAAUACUCUCCUCUCUGCGGCCUGGAUCAGGGUGGAGUAGAGUGUCCCCUACUUUGGCGCAUCGUCUAUGAAGUACUCCUCGCCCAGAUCUGGCAGUCCAACCUCGGCUACCCUAUGGUUAACAGGGAUGACCUGCAGGCGUUCCACAAGAUCCCAACGUUCGACUCACUGCAUCCUGACACCCCGCUCCGCAUUGCCUGCCUUGCCUUCAUGGACGACACGGACUGGAUAGCACCGUCUAAGGCUAAGCUACAAGAGAUCACAAACAAAGCGAUGAGUUUUUUUCAAUUACAUGUGACAAUCCUUAGCCCUCGCGAGACAAAGACCAUCGUCAGCCAGUACACCAACGUCGUUCGCCAGAAGGUGGGGCUGCCCCUCGGCUCGCCGGCCAGCAUCCUGUUCCAUCGUCGACUGUACGGUCUCCGAGACCUUGAAGAUGCCAUGAUCGAGGAGCAAGUUUCAACUGCACAUCUGCGGCUAAACGACCAGGAGCUGCUGGGCAUGGUGAUGGCGUCUCGAGCAACAGCCCAUCAAGCAGAGUGCCGCCUUACGAUAUCCCCCUUUGACGUACCAACCAUUGGAGCUCAAUUCCUUCGCAACAAUUUCUUCGGACACGUCUGCUGCCUCAUGGUCGAGAGGGGUAUCACCUUCCAGUCGCCAGGGAUCCCUGUCAACGUUUCUCGAUACAUCGGCCUCCUUAUGCCCCCAGGCGGAUACCCAAAAAUCGCCCACCGACUCUUUGUGGACGGAGUUGUCACUCUGGAUGAUGUGUCGACAGACGAUGGCCAAUCUCUGGCUCCAUGGCAGGAUAUCCGAGCACAGUACAAUUUGAAAGGUCCUGUCCGCCGCUGGUUCAAGGAACUGGUGAAAGUCGUCACCUUGUCUAUGCCAGCUGCUGCCUCCGUCGACGCCCCGGCGUCUUCCCUUAUCGUCGAGGAGGGCCAUUCUAUUACGCCUAAAAGUCCAGAGGUGUUGUACGAAGACGGCGACUCCUCCGAGGAAGAGCCAUUGAUCAAUCGGGCCAUCGAACGCCGACGAGGGCAACAAAGAGGCGUGGAGAUCGUUUCUCCAGCCCGUGCCUUUGCGUUUAACAGAACCACCGCAACGACAGUACUAGACCUUGGUACGUCUGUCGACCCCAUACAGGUCGUCGUUCCUGCUCCAGUCUCGAGUCCCGUCUCUUCGCCGGCUCUUUCGCCUGCCACUGUUCCAACUCCAGUUUUGAGUCCCGGCCCUUCUCUGACAGGUACUCCACCACCCAACACUCCUAACACUCCAACAUGUCCCCCUACUCCAACAUUCUCCCCCACUCCAGCAACUCCCACCACCCCCACUCCAGCAACUCUCACCACCCCCACUCCAGCAACUCUCACCACCCCCACUCCAGCAACUCUCACCACCCCCACUCCAGCAACUCUCACCACCCCCUCACCUCUCCCUCCUGAUACAACCGAUCUUGUCUUUGAGCGAGCAGUCGACACACUGGACGACGCUUGCAGAGAGCGUCUCCUCCGUCCCGCGGCCGAAUACGAUGCCGAGAUCCUUCGCAUCAACAGCGACACCAGGAAAAAACAGUCGGCAGACAACACAAAGUAUGAUGGACUCAGAAGCCGAUACCGGAGUCAACUUGCCAGGAAACCACAAGAACUGGCUGCCAUUCUUUUGAUGACCAAUACUCAGGCCGACAACGCAGCCGCCCGCAUCAAGUCAAUUUCUAGUCGUCGCAAGACCGUCGCCCUUGGGAUACGUCGCCGGGCCACCGAGGCCGUCAACGAAUACCGUGCUCAUCGCCUUGUCUCUCUUCGCUCGGAUUUGGAGAUCAGGCUGAUCAGGAAAGCAGAGGACGAUCGACUGAGGGUGCAACAGCUGGAAUCCUCCCAAGCCAGGAAACUGCAACAGCAGAAAGAAACAGAGGCGCUCCAUCAACAACACCAAGCCAGGAGACUGCAGCAGAAAGAGGAAAAGGAAGCACUCCGUCAACAACACCAAGCCAGGAGACUGCAGCAGAAAAAGGAAAAGGAAGCACUCCGUCAACAACACCAAGCCAGGAGACUGCAGCAGAAAAAGGAAAAGGAAGCACUCCGUCAACAACACCGCUUGGUCGUCGCUCGCCUAAAAGAGAUCCUAUCCAGCCUCAAGGAAACGAAACCACGAUACAAACCAGCCUUUGACACAGAUGCUAGCUUUCCUUUGCAAGAACGCCAUCAAGUCCAACCACCGCCUGUACCAGGACCCCCGACCACACAGAUCGGCCCCCUUUGCCUGUCUCCAGUAGAGGCGGCGUCCAUGCGCGUAGUUCAGGACACACACGUCGACAACUCCACCCCUCGCGUCCUGUACUCGGACGGAUCUCUUCUGAACUCGGGAACGCUAGAAGUAUCCCAGGCCUUUGGAGUGGUGGAUCUCACUCAGGACAACCCUCUGACAGUACAAGGACGAACGGACGGUCACGCAUCCUCGGCUAAAGCCGAGCUCAUGGGCUUAUUAGCCGCAGUCUUGUCAGCGCCACCGGAACAGGACAUUGUGGUCAAGCUGGACAAUCAGUACGUGGUGGAACAGUAUAGUCGCCUGGUGAAGAAUCGUCGGGACACCUUACCGAGGAAGCGAUUCAGGAGUACAUAUGCGGGUAUCUGGGCGGUGCUUUGUCAGGUUGUGGAAUCUCGGCCAGGCGGGGUUGAGGUGGUGUGGAUCAAAGGUCACAGCAACAUCCACGGAAACGAACUUGCGGAUCAGGCGGCGAAGGUGGCAGCACAGAGUGGUUCAGUGCCCUGGAUGGUGGAUCUCACUCAACAGACGGAUAUCACGACCUUUGCACAUUGUUACGGCGGGAUUGUUGAAAUCGAUCUACGUCAGCUCCUCAAACAACAAUCGACAAUCCGUCACCAUCAGGCCUGGACGUCACAGAGGCGGGUCAAGAGGGCGAUCCCUGACAUCGAUGACGUGGAAUGGAACUCGACCUUGGCUUAUGUCCAUGACAGGCACGCAGUCUUCACCUUUUACAGCAACAGCAAGGACUCUCACCAACGCACACAUCAUAUCAAAAAGCUGCAUGGAAUGCUGCCCACUCUGAACUCCAUGCAGGCUCGCAAGCCCAACCUGUACCCAACAUGCGUGUGCCGACGAUGCGAGCUCGAGAAUGAGGAUAACGAUCACGUCUGGAAAUGCCCUUCGGCAGCUGAGACCACCACUGAGAUCUGGAAGGAGGCCAUGGGCAAGAUUAACGAGUGGGGUGUGCAGGCGACAAACAGCUACAACGCAGCCAGGAAGCGAGAAUACAAACGCGCGGUGGACAGAGGUCGUCAGGUACCGAGGCCAGUACCCAUACACUGGUGGCCCCCUUCGGAUGCGGAUCAUGUGCGAGGAUUUUCCUCCAUCGGUGGAGCUCGAGCCGUGCACAGCGGUAGUCCAGCUCUCGAUCGAGACGAGAAACCGAUGUGGAAUGUGUCGGAUCUCCUCCGCGGCAUCACCCCCUUGAGCAUGUUGACUGAAUGGUCCGCGGUUUUCCGGACCCCAAUGUCCAUCGCCAAGACAGUCCUUCACAAGUUUGUUGGCUACCUGGAGGCGCAGGCCUCGGAGCUGAUCUGGAAACCUCGGUGCUCCGCGACAAUCGCAUGGGAACAAAGCCAGGGCAUCUCUGCCAAGGAUAAGACAUCCAAAUAUACAGGCCCCCGAGGUGAUUGGAGUCAAGGAUACGGUUACAUCACGCACGAUGGUUUCUCGACAAUUGUUGCGCAGAGCCAGGCCUCGGAGCUGAUCUGGAAACCUCGGUGCUCCGCGACGAUCGCGUGGGAGCAGACCCAGAGUAUCUCUUCCAUGAACAAGACAUCCAAGUACACAGGCCCCGAGGUGACUGGAGUCAAGGAUACGGUUACAUCACACACGAUGGUUUCUGCCCGUAUGGCGCUUCGCUAG